AUGCAAUAUUGUGCAGGUUAUAAUUAGUGACGCUGGGGUUGAGGGGUUUGUACGAGAAAAUAGAAGAAAAGUCAAUGUUACUGAGAAUUUGUAAUUACAUGUAACAACAAGUGCUGAAAAGAAAAUAGAAUACCUUAUUAUUUAUUUGAUAAUUAAAAGUGCUCAACCUCAAGUAACUGCCCACCUCCAAUAACCCUCCACCUUAUAGGCAGAAAAAAAUGAAUUAUCUCCUAACCUCGCAUAAGUGCCUACCCCAUACCAGCUAGAUUGAAAAAGACUAAGUUCUACUAAAUUAAGAGACCAAGUUUUCUUAGUACAGUAUUUUAAAGAAAUUUUCAAUGAACCGUUAAAAAUCUGCUUUGGAACUCAAACAAAAUUACUCUAUCUCCAACAAAAUUACUUUUGGUGAAAACUUUGAGAAUUCAUUAAACACCCAGCCCAAAUACACGUAUUAAAGUGACCAACUUGAAUAAUAACCCACUCUCAAGGUGCAAAACUUUAGUGAGCACCCAGGCAAGGCACUUAAUCAAAUAAAUAUGGUAUUUUGUUUUGGGACCUCUUCAUUGGAGUGGUACAUGCCGUCGCGUUUUCCAGUAGGUGUAGUGCUUGAUCUAUAAACACCCAAGCUGUUUUACGAAAACUGCAUUGACAAAAUAGAUUUGCAAUUAUUGAGAAUCUAUUUUAUACCAAUACAGCAUUACAUUUCAUUUCACCCUUCAUUAAUUCGGCUUUGCUUUUUCAAAAACACUGUAUCGCAGCUCCAUGGCCAGGUUUUGUCCAAAUUACCUUUAGUUAAAAUUUUUUGUGCAUUUAAGAUAGACAAUAUUAUUUUGGACUACUGUGCAAAUUAACCAUUUGAAAAAAUAAUGUAUGAAAUAGCUGUGUACGUAUGAUCUGAAGAUAGUUUAUCUUCAGUGUAUAUGUAAACUGCUUUUAAUAGAGCUUUUUACCGAUACAGCAGCCAUAUUUAAUUAAUUCGAUUUAAGGAGUAUUAUAGGAUGCCCUGGGGGCAUGAGCACAUUUAGUUUGUAUUUUGUAGUGCUUUUCAGGACAUUUUUUCGUAAAGUUUUCUUAGAAUAAGAUUGUGAUGGGAAAAAAGAUUCUUGUGCCCUGUUUGGAUGUAAUAAUGAUCGCCUUUUUCUAGUUUAGCAUUAGAAAUAUGGUCUUUCACAGUAUAUUUCUCGGGAAAAAGGUGAUCAUGAUUACAUCCAAACACGGCACAAGGAUCUUUUUUCCCAUAAGAAUCUUAUUCUAAGAAAACUUUAAGAAAAAAAUGUCCCGAAUAGCACUCCAAAAUACAAGCGAAAUGUGCUCAUGUCCCCUGGGCAUCCUAUAAUACUCCUUAAAUUGAAUUAAUUCAAUAUGGCCACCGUAUUGGUAAAAAGGUCUACUAGUACCCUUAUUUUAUUCGGCUGCUGAUAAUAAUAAUGUUAUUGAGGACAAUCACCUGUCUUUUUCCUUCAAUUCCCAAUUUAUUUUUGUGCAUGCUUCAGAGCAGGUAUGUCAAUGCCAGAAAUUUCAAACCCAUUGAAUUUAUUGGGUGGCAACAAGCUACAUUAAACUUCAAGGACACUUUGGAGGAUUCUUGCUGAUCUCAGCAAGACUGUUCUUUGAAGUGCAGUGCCAACUCAAUCCCAGAAUUAUUUAUGUUUUUUCAGUUAAACCUCCAGGUCUUCAGAAUAGUACCAAGUGCUCCAAAACAAAAGGGGCAACUUUUACACCUGCAUCUUCCACAAGUAGUAUCUUCAUGCCAGAUGAAGAUACUAAGUCUUGUUGACUAUAUUUGUUGUUGAUCUCUUGUUCGAUGUCCACCCUUUUGUCACAAGGACAUGCAGUAUCAGUGAUGAGGCAAUUUUUGUUCUGUUGGUCCACACACACGAUGUCAAGGCGAUUGUGAUCCAGUUUCAUUUCUGUUAAUAUACAGAAAUCCGAAAGAAAUUUGAAAGUCGUAUUAUCCUUAACAUCACAUUAUUAUUAUCAUUAUUAUUGUUGUGUGUGGUUGAUGAUGUUAUUAUAAGCAUGGGUAGUAAAGAGGUUCAUACACAUGUACAAAAAUAAACUACCUUAACCACUAUUUUGGGCACUAAUUUGUGGUUAUUGCUCACUUUUUUCAAUGACUGUGCUUUGCAGAUUUUAGUAAAACAGAUGAAGGUGCGAACAGAUGGUUAAGGAGACCCUGCAGCAGCUAGAUGCCAGCUCCUUGAUUAAUUCUUUCAAACCCCAGAGUUUAAGGAGAUCCACCUACAAGCCAACCACCCUUUAGUUCACAUGCAUGGCCAUUGUCGUUGAUUAGCAGUGGAGUUAGUUGUCACACCAGUACAUCCUCCUCCACUGCAGCCUCCCUCCCCACAUUCUCCUUUACUGUAAGGAGUGGCGGUGAUGAUGAACAUAGGAUGGAGAAUGGAUGGAUUACUCUCUAG